AAAGUGAUGUUGGAGAACCAAUUAAGGUUCACCUGCCUACAUGAUCCUGGAUGGAGUCACUGUGUAACUGGCUCGAGGAUAAAAGCCGACAAAUGGAACGUGGGUGGCAGCAGGUCUUCCCCCCUGCAGCAGAUAGAAUCAUGGUCAUGCGUGGGUCAUCAGUGGGAAUUUACCAUCAACAUAUUUGCGUAUAUUUUCGUUAAGAUUUACCAGAACUUUGGCAGUCUCUAUUUGCUCUUCGGCAAGUGAAGAUCGAUAAUUUUUGGGUCUAAUUGUGAAUUGCAAACAUGGGAUUAUACAGAACGAUAAUUUUAUUGGUGGUGAUAUCAACGACUGUCGUGUUUGCGGAUCGAUAUCAUUAUGGGCGAGUACUUUCUACGGCCGGCUGUGCUUCUCACACUUGUGGUCAAAAUGCAAAGUGUACAGUAACGGAUGGUAGACCCGUCUGUUCGUGUUUGAAUCUCCACAUGGGUGAUCCUCUGGUGCACUGUUUCAAAGUUGAGUGCAUAAUCGACGAAGACUGUCCCAAUUCCAGAUCGUGUGUUGGAAAUAAAUGCGUCGAUCCAUGCGCCGGCUUUUGUGGAGCAAACGCCAACUGUGAAGUGAGGAAUCACGUUGCCAUUUGCUCCUGCGGUCGAGGCUUCACCGGUGAUCCAUUCACUUCCUGCCGAAUUGCAGACCCUUGUCAACCGAGUCCCUGUGGACUAAACACACGCUGCGAUGUCGUGAACGAAGUAGCCGUCUGCAAGUGCCUGCCAGGUUACCAAGGCUCACCACUGGCAGGAUGUCGUCACGAGUGCGAGAGUGAUGCUGAGUGUUCGAACCAUCUUGCUUGUUCUGCUAAUUUUAGAUGUGAAAGUCCAUGUAGCAAGUGUGGAGAUGGUGCUAAUUGUGAUGUCAUUAAUCAUCAGCCCAAGUGCUCUUGUCCAGAGACCUGGCAGGGCAAUCCUUUCACUAAAUGCUACCCAGAGUGUACAUCCCACUCCGAAUGUCCCGCUAGCAAGCCAGCCUGUCUCUACCAAAAAUGUGAGAAUCCUUGCACAGGUGCCUGUGGAAUCAACGCCAAUUGCGAGCUUCGAGGAAUCACUCCAGUCUGCAGUUGUCCACGAGACAUGACUGGAAACCCAUUCAUCAGCUGCCGACCAUUCACUCCAGAGGAUCUUUGUCAGCCAAACCCCUGUGGAGAGCACGCAGUAUGCACUCCUGGUCAUGACAACACGGGAAAAGAACGUCCCGUCUGCACGUGUCCCACCGGGUACACCGGGAACGCUCUCAUAAGCUGCCGAAGGGGAGAAUGCCAGGCUGACAGUGAAUGCCCAGAUAAUAAGGCAUGCAUUGACUAUUUCUGUCAAAAUCCCUGCACCGGCAAGGAGUGUGCCCCCAAUGCCAGGUGUGAGGCACGUCGUCACAUCGCCGUGUGUACCUGUCUCGAUGGAACAAGGGGAGAUGCCGUCGUUGGAUGCAAUCAGAUUGUAUCGAAUUCAAGAAACGGGCGGUUUGGAUAUGGGAGAUACUAUUCAUAAUAGAGAGAAGUGGAUUAAUUUUAUUUCAUAUUUUGAUCCUCUGAGCUUUUCCUCUUGUACUACAUCGAAAUACGGAAACUAAUUCUACUACAUUUUUCUUCCUCGCAGGAUCGUAGAAAAAAAAUAAAAAAGUAAAUAAAUAAGUGAAAACAAAAAUCAUAAGUUCAUAGGAAACAUGUCUCGUCUCCGGAAAUUAUAAAGCGCUGCAACGCGUGACUCAUUAAUUAUCUUAAGAAAAUGAUAGAGAUAAGUAAUUCACGAUAUCCUCUGAUUUUAGAGGACUGUAAUGAUGACUAAUUGGGAUGGAAGUCGAUAUAAACAGAAAGACUAUAAGGAA